GGAGGCACAUUCCUAUAUGGAACCGCUUGAAAACUCUGGCGAAGUCUUAACGAUGCACAAGGCCACAAGCUUGUGUUUUGCAAUCCUGGCUGUUAAGAUGUGUAUGGGCAAGAGAUUCAACAGAACACCAGAAACUCCAGAGGAGAUGAGACUGAGAAGUAUAUGGGUGGAGGGAGUAGAUAAAAUUACUGAAAACACGGUCCUACCAGAAAGUUUUGAUAAGACGAAAGAAACUGCUGUCGUCAUUCAUGGAUAUUUGGUGGACACUACGCUACCAGGAAUACAAGAUCUAGCUAUUGGGUUGAGGAAGAGAAACCUGAAUGUCCUGAUGAUUGACUGGGCGACAGGGACGAGGGAGGAUUACGACCAAGCUGCCUCCAAUACCCAGACAGUCGGGGCGUACGUGUACCAAGUUCUGAAACAAAACAGAAUUCCUCUGGAAAAGGUUCAUAUUAUUGGGCAAGGUCUCGGUGCACAUGCCGCUUCACAGGUUGGAAGACUGUCAAGUGGACAAAUUGGCCGUAUUACAGGUCUCGAUCCAUCCAGUCCUUUGUUUGUAAUUUCCGAGUUUGGAAUCAACAAAGAAUCUGCUCAGUUUGUGGACAUUAUUCACACGGAUGCCCGACAAAACGGUUAUGGAAUGAAAAAGGCUUGCGGUGAUGUGGAUAUUUAUGUAAAUGGAGGGAAACGUCAACCAGGAUGU